AUGGCACGCCUAGCCUCAGGUGUCGCGCCCUUGUACAGCUUCUCAAAGAAAUGGUUCACAUCCUGUGGCUCCUCAUCGUCAUCGCCGAGCUUCUCCCAGUCCUUGGGUCCACUCUUAGAGCUUGUUGGAUAUGGCGGCGGCUUGUUCUGGAGCACCCAGUCCGGUAUCGGCUCGGGCUUCGGCGGCGGGUUUGGCGUCCUGGCCACAGUCAACUUCCUCUCGGUUGCAUCGGAUGGCAACCUCGCCAGUCAGAUCAGCCUGGUUCACAUUGCCCUUCUCCGGGGAGACAGGCUUUUCCUUCUCCGCCUGCUCCACCGUGCAAUUGUAGAAGCCAUUGUCGUCGACCUUGGCCAGUACCGGAUCCUCCUCACGCGCCGAAGCUCCACUGCCCAACCUCACUGCCCACAACAGGCAGGCGUCAGCGUCGGCGUAUCUCCCCAGCCGGAAGAGCGCCACACCUCGCCGAUACUGGGCCUCGAGCAUCUGCUCGAGCCUCUGCGAAUGCUGCCGCGCAGCAGCAAUGUUGUACGCAUGCUCGGCGUCAACGAGGGCACGCUCAAACUGGGAUUCUUUCGUGUAUGCCUCCGCGCGGGCGAGAAGCCAGAUCGGGGACAUGGUGACGGCGAUCGCCUUUGUCAGAUGUGGGAUCGCGUCGGCAUAAUUGCCCUCCUUGCAGAGGGCUAUGCCCUUGUUGGCGUUGACGAACUCCAUAGUACUGGUCAGAUCAGACCGCUCUCAGCCGCAAUCUGUACUCAGAUGCUAGCCAAAGUUGAGCAAGCAAUUUCCGGUUUUAGGAUCCGAGAUGAUAUCCAGUCAAGGAGUAAUCUGGUCACGUAUGGUUUCUGUAGAUAA